GGCUCUGAGCAGCACCGUGACGCCCACCGUGGGCCCUGCCCAGGAGCACUUGCUGCUAGAGCGACUCUGCCACUUCUGCCCGUGAGGAUGUGCGUCCCCGUCGGGGGGCUGCUGGCCGCCCUGGCCGUGGCGCUCGGGGUGGCAGCGGCGCUUGCUCCCGUACCCAGGAUCACCUGGGAGCACAGAGAGGUGUGGCUGGAGAAGUUCCACGAGCCGGGCAUCUUCAACUACUCAGUCCUGCUGCUGAGCGAGGACCGGCGCACCCUGUACGUGGGCGCCCGGGAGGCCGUGUUCGCCCUGGACGCACGUAACGUCUCCCAGAAGCUGCACGAGGCGUACUGGAAGGUCUCAGAAGAUAAAAAAGCAAAAUGUGCAGAAAAGGGGAAAUCAAGACAGACAGAAUGUCUCAACUACAUCCGCGUGCUGCAGCCGCUGGGCGCCGGGACCCUGUACGUGUGCGGGACCAACGCCUUCCAGCCGGCCUGUGACCACCUGAACUUAACAUCCUUUCGGUUCCUGGGCAGGACCGAGGACGGCAAGGGCAGGUGCCCCUUUGACCCCGCCCAGAGCUACACGUCCGUCAUGGCUGAUGGGGAGCUGUACUCCGGGACGUCCUAUAACUUCCUGGGAAGCGAGCCCAUCAUCUCCCGAAACUCGCCGCGCAGCCCUCUGAGGACAGAGUACGCGAUACCGUGGCUUAACGAGCCGAAUUUCGUCUUCGCCGACGUGGUCCGAGAGCGCCCGGACGGCGUGGACAGCGGGGACGACAGGGUCUACUUCUUCUUCACCGAGGUGUCCGUGGAGUACGAGUUUGUCUUCAAGCUGCUGAUCCCCCGGGUGGCGAGGGUGUGCAAGGGGGACCAGGGCGGCCUGCGGACCUUACAGAAGAAGUGGACGUCCUUCCUGAAGGCCAGGCUCAUCUGCUCCAGGCCGGACAGCAACCUGGUCUUCAACGUGCUGCAGGCUGUCUUUGUCCUCAGGUCCCCGGACCUGAAGGAGCCCGUGUUCUACGGGGUCUUCACCCCACAGCUGAACAACGUGGGGCUGUCGGCCGUGUGCGCCUACAACCUGUCCACGGCCGAGACGGUCUUCUCCCGCGGGAAGUACAUGCAGAGCGCCACCGUGGAGCAGUCCCACACCAAGUGGGUGCGCUACAACGGGGCAGUGCCCACGCCGCGGCCUGGGGCGUGCAUCAACCUCGAGGCACGGGCCGCCAACUUCUCCAGCUCCCUGGGUCUGCCGGACAAGACCCUGCAGUUCGUCAAGGACCACCCUCUGAUGGACGGCUCCGUGACCCCGAUAGACAACAGGCCCCGGCUGAUCAAAAGCAACGUGAACUACACGCAGAUCGUGGUGGACAGGACCCGGGCCCUGGACGGGACCGUCUACGACGUCAUGUUUCUCAGCACAGACCGGGGCGCCCUGCACAAAGCUGUCAACCUCGAGAACGACGCCCACAUCAUCGAGGAGACCCAGCUUUUCCAGGACCUCGAGCCCGUGCAGACGCUGCUGCUGAAUUCUGAGAAGCCGCAGGGCGGGAGGUUCGUGUAUGCGGGCUCCAGCUCGGGCGUGGUGCAGGCGCCCGUGGCCUUCUGCGGGAAGCACGGCACGUGUGAGGACUGCGUGCUCGCCCGGGACCCCUACUGCGCAUGGAGCCGGGCGGCCGCGGCCUGUGUGGCCCUGCACCUGCACCUGCGCCAGCCGGACGGCCCCAGCAGCACUUUGAUCCAGGAGAUGAGUGGAGACACGUCCGCCUGCCCUGCCUCAUCUCUGCCCUUCCCUCCUCCGGGGUCCUCCUCCCUGUCCUGUCGGGGCCCCGGCUCAUCUUCCUCUCCCCGAAGCCCCUGGCCGGCCUCGGCCGCGGGGCCUGACGGCCUGCCGGUCGCCUUGCUGCCGCCCUUCCUGAGCGACCAGGCCCAGCACGUGCACGCCCUGGGGACCUUCCACCUCUUCUGCCAGGCCACAGGGCCCGCAGACGUCCACUUCGUCUGGGAGAAGAAUGGCCGAGAACUGGAGACGUGCGUCCCCACGCAGAGCCACGCGCUGCCCGACGGCAGGGCCCACGCGCUCAGCUGGCUGCGAGAUGCCAUCAGCGAGAGCGCCACGUACCGCUGCUCCGUCCUGUCGGCCGCGGGCAACAGGACCUCCCGGGUGCGGGUGACCGUCGUGAGGUCCGAGGCGAGCCACCAGGAGCAGUGGACCCAAGAGCUGGCCACCUGGAAGGCUGUGGCCGGGGAGCACAACCGCCUGAUGCACAGCUGGAGGAAGGCGUGGGAGAGCUGUGACAAGGGUGACCUUUAGGCCCAGGACACCGCCACCGGGGAGGCCACCUUGCCUGAGGCGUGGACACACCCCAACUUCCUUCCUGUGACAGUGGUCAGACCUGUGUAAAGUUGGGUGCUUACGUGGCACAGAAGGCUCCGGCAGAAACAGGCAGCCAGGCCCCGGCGGGCAGAGGGGGGAGCGCGUGACGGCUUCUCUCCCAGAAACGCUGCUGCUGCGCUGCCCGGUCACUCUGGUGCCGGAGCCACCUCCUGGUUCCGGCUGCUGCCGGCCACCUUCCCCCGGGGCCGCCCUGGGAAGUGCUUUGGGACCCGAGCUGGCAGGACACGCAGCAGCCAGCCCAAGCGCGUCAGCGUGAAGCCCAAGGCCGCGCAGCCUGACCGCGCGAUACCUCUACGUAGGGAAUGACAGCUCUUCACGGAAUGCGCGAACCAGAAAACCAAAGCCCCGCUUCAGAGCAGACGGGAGCUCCCUGUGACCCCGCACACGGACGUCGCCUGCGGCCAGAACCCUGGUUACGAAGCCGCACACGUGUCCCACCCACGCCGUCACAGCGUUUUCUGUGGAAGGCCGUGAGCAUGCUUCCCCACGGGGUGCCCCAGCCCCCCGGCCGCUGUAGUCGGAGCGCUCUCGUGCCCACAGAAAGCGGCACGCCACCCCGGGGAGGACUCUGGUGGGAAACACGGUUUGGAGGCAGCGUCUGGUCCUCUGCGCUGGUGAGAAGAAUAAAACUAAACGGGGUGAGGUAUCUGCACGGGA